GUCAGAUAGUCAGCAGACAGUCAGAUCUUUUCUCUUAAUAAAUGAAAUAUCACAAGCUGAGACUGGACAUCAAAUCAAGGCAUGGCGUCUGUUACAGUGAUACUGAGAAUCAUAAUCAUGUUGUAUGUGACUUCAUCAUUGAAAAUACAAAGCCUGAGUCAUGCACACACAAUGAACGAGGAAAUGCUUGGAGUAAAUACAUGGCAUACGACGCUGCCACCUCAAAUGGAUGAAACUGGAAACAACGUAAAACAAGAACAACAGGCAAAUUGGAAAUCAUUCAAAUACUUGAUCACCAUCAAAAUAAAUGCAUCAAGGCAAAUGGUACAGGAUCGCCUGAGGACACUUCUUAAAGGAUACUCAUUUCCAUAUAGCGUCAGCCAAAACAUCAUCAUAAACAAUGUGAAUCUCAAUGCAACUAAACCUCUAAAAAUGUUCAAAUACACAACUGACAUAAAAAUUAAUGCACCAAGAGGAGCCGUGAUAGAGCAAUUGAGGGACCUGAUACGUGAACAGAAAUUCCCCAUGUGCAUCAAGAAAAGUAUGAAAAUAUCUGGUGUGAACAUCACUACAGUGUGUCUCUCAAAUUCAAACAAAACCCAGUGUAAGUGUGAGAAUCAACAUGUUUCGUCCUCUGAACAAUGCUCUAAACAUGGUGUUUGUGGCCCCAAUCAAAAUGAUACCUGCAGAUGCAUCACUUCUCUUCCAACUGACGGGGCGUUCUGCCGGCCACCACCUGUUUUUGCAGCUCCACUGAAGUCAUUCAAAUACACUACUAGCAUAAAAAUAAAUGCUUCAAGAGAAGAUGUAAUAGAGCAACUGAGGGCUUUGAUUCAUGGACAGAAAUUCCCCAUGUGCAUCAAAAAAGGCAUGAAAAUAUCUGAUGCGACCAUCACUACAGUGUGUCAAUCAAAUUCAAACAAAACCUGGUGCAAGUGUGAGAAUCAGUAUGUUUGGUCCCCUGAACAAUGCUCUAAACAUGGCGUUUGUGGCCCCAUUCAAGAUGAUACCUGCAGAUGCAUCGCUUCUCUUCCAAACGACGGGACAUUCUGCAGACGAACACCUGCUCCAUUGAAGCCAUUCAAAUACACCAUUGACAUAAAAAUCAAUGUAUCAAGGGAAGCUGUGAUAGAGAGUUUGAGGGCUUUGAUUCUUGGACAAAAAUUCCCCAUGUGCAUAAAAAAAGGCACAAAAAUCUCUGGUGCACACAUCACUACAGUGUGUCUCUCAAAUUCAAACAAAACCCAGUGCAAGUGUGAGAAUCAAUAUGUUUGGUCCACUAAACAAUGCUCUAAACAUGGCAUUUGUGGCCCUGAUCAAAAUGACACCUGCAGAUGCAUCGCUUCUCUUCCAACCGACGGGACGUUUUGCCACCGACCACAUGCUCCACUGAAGUCGUUCAAAUACAGCAUUAACAUAAAAAUCAAUGCUUCAAGAGACACUAUGAUAGAGCACUUGAGGGCUUUGAUUCUUGGACAGAAAUUCCCCAUGUGUGUCAAAAAAGGCAUGAAAAUCUCUGAUGUGACCAUCACUACAGUAUGUCUCUCAAAUUCAAACAAAACCCAGUGUAAGUGCGAGGAUGAAUAUAUUUGGUCCUCUAAACAAUGCUCUAAACAUGGCAUUUGUGGUCCUGAUCAAAAUGAUACCUGCAGAUGCAUUGCUUCUCUUCCAACUGAUAGGACAUUCUGCCGGCCACCACAUGCUCCACUGAAGUCAUUCAAAUACACCAUUGACAUAAAAAUCAAUGCUUCAAGAGAAGCUGUGAUAGAGCGCUUCAGGACUUUGAUUCUUGGACAGAAAUUCCCCAUGUGUGUCAAAAAGGGCAUGAAAAUCUCUGGUGCGACCAUCACUACAGCUCCACUGAAGUCAUUCAAAUACAGCAUUAACAUAAAAAUCAAUGCUUCAAGACACACUAUGAUAGAGCACUUGAGGGCUUUGAAUCUUGGACAGAAAUUUCCAGUGUGUGUCAAAAAAGGCAUGAAAAUCUCUGCUGCGUCUAUCACUACAGUGUGUCUCUCAAAUGCGAACAAAACCCAGUGCAAGUGUGAGAAUCAGUAUGUUUGGUCCUCUAAACAAUGCUCUAAACAUGGCGUUUGUGGCCCCAUUCAAAAUGAUACCUGCAGAUGCAUCGCUUCUCUUCCAAACGACGGGACAUUCUGCAGACGAACACCUUCUCCACUGAAGUCAUUCAAAUACACCAUUGACAUAAAAAUCAAUGCUUCAAGAGAAGCUGUGAUAGAGCGCUUGAGGGCUUUGAUUCUUGGACAGAAAUUCCCCAUGUGUGUCAAAAAGGGCAUGAAAAUCUCUGGUGCGACCAUCACUACAGCUCCACUGAAGUCAUUCAAAUACAGCAUUGACAUAAAAAUCAAUGCUUCAAGAGACACUAUGAUAGAGCACUUGAGGGCUUUGAAUCUUGGACAGAAAUUUCCCAUGUGUGUCAAAAAAGGCAUGAAAAUCUCUGCUGCGACCAUCACUACAGCUCCACUGAAGUCAUUCAAAUACACCAUUGACAUAAAAAUCAAUGCUUCAAGAGAUGCUGUGAUAAAGCGCUUCAGGACUUUGAUUCUUGGACAGAAAUUCCCCAUGUGUGUCAAAAAAGGCAUGAAAAUCUCUAGUGCAGCUAUCACUACAAGUAAGAGAAGUAAAAGCAGAUUUGUCUUUCAAAUUCAAACAAAACCCAGUGCAAGUGUGAGAAUCAAUAUGUUUGGUCCAAUAAACAAUGCUCUAAACAUGGCAUUUGUGGCCCUGAUCAAAAUGAUACCUGUAGAUGCAACACUUCACCUCCAACUGAUGGGACGUUUUGCUCCCGACCACAUGGUAAAGAAGUCUCUCUUUAUUAAAAAUCCAAGUUGA